CCGAUGCGACGGUGAUGACGAUUCCGAGCGCAGUCCCAAGUCCCGGCUGCGACGGUCCACAAACGGAGACCUCAAAUAGAAGCAUCCCGAGAGUGCAUCCAUUGCCGCCAUCGUCAUCGCCAUUGCCAUCGUCAUCGCACCUUCGCCAUCGCCAUCGCACCUUCUCCCCCGCAAGCCAUGGAAACCAACGUCCAGCGAGUCUCGUCCAACUCCAAGUGGGAGAGCAUUGUUGGCUACUCGCGAGCGGUCAAGAAAGGCCCCUUCGUCUUCGUCUCCGGAACCACCGCUACCGAUCCCGAGACCGGCAAGAUCGCCCACCAUGGAGACUCAUAUGCCCAGACCCGCUUGAUCUUCCAGAACAUCGAGCGGGGUCUGCUGGCCCUCGGAGCCUCCCUCGGUGAUGUCACCCGCACCCGCAUGUACGUCGUCGAUAUGGGGCGCAACUGGGACGGCGUCGCAAAGGCCCACGCCGAGUUCAUGAAGUCGGUUAUGCCCGCGGCCACGGCAAUCCAGGUCGAGAAGCUUGUCGAUCCAGCCAUGCUGGUUGAGAUCGAGGUGGAUGCUGUAGUGCUAUAGUGCGGCUUGGAGCGGUCUUGCAGCCAACUGGUUACCACACAUCCACCGGCUGGCCCUCAAUACAAUUUGUGUCGUCGGUCUCCACCGGCAAGCAGCGUGCACGCAGGCCGUCACCAUCGAGUGCCGCCACAGAUCGUCGUCGCAGAUCGUCGUCGCAGAGGCAGUUCGCAACGGCUGGAGAGCCUUGCCGCUGGGACAGGUCC